AUGUCCUCCUGCGCCAUGCGAGUUGGGCUGUCGCUUGUGCUGUCACUGGUGGCCGCCCUGGCUACGGAUGAAUGCCGCGUCGCAACGGACUGCGCAUUUUCGGCCUUGCAGCGACGCGCCAAACGGGGGACAGCCGACGUGAACCGCGCGCCGCCCUCCGUGCCCCCAACGUUACCCACCGAGAAGCCCGACGUGCUGCCGCCGCUACCGUCGCUGCUGCAGACGGAGGCGGAGGGUAACAGCAGCUUUCGCUACUGCCAAGAUACCUGUUGGCUGGACUACGGCUUUAAGAAAGGAGACUGCAAAUGCGACAUCCACCGUGGAUGGUACAUGUGGAUUUGCUGGAAACGCAAUGGAAAGAGGAUCAAGACAGAAUAUGGACAUCAAUUCAACUGCCAUGGUCUGUCAAAAGCGCCAAAAGCGCCACCAGCACCAGCUCCCCCACCUCCCCCCAAGAUGUACUCAUCCGAGAUGAAUCCCAUGUACAAAGUGCGGAACAAACAGCUGGUGAAAAACUCCACUGCGCCCUUGAUGACCUUCCAUCUCUUUCGCGUGCAGAGCGAUACCAACUAUUCCUGCUGUGCAAAUGCAGAUCUCACCACUGCUGGGGCUGCCAUGUUCUACCUCCACAACGAGAUCGUUUGGCACGCGAACAGCCGCUCCGGGACCAAUUUUGCAGAUCCCAAGACACGCAUCGUGCGCUACAAGGUUAUGACCAAGGCGACUCAGCCCUUGUUUGACCUGGGGAUGAACUUUGGAGUCAUGAACGAGUUUGACAUCACUGAGUGCACUGGUCCCUUUGAGUGUGAAAACUUCAAACGCUUCGGCUACACCGUGGGCUGCGAGAACUGGGUUGAAGGCAGCGCCGCCAAUUUUCCUCAUCAGAAGUGGAAUACCUUGAACAAGUACCCCGAAGCCGCCUGGUUUAGCUUGGAACUCAGCCAGGGAAUUCAGCGAGACCAAAAACGAUGUGGCACUCUUUUUCUAGAAACUGUGAACCCAAAAGUUUGUGGCGAAAUGUUGCUUGGGAAGGCUUCGUUGCUUCCGGAAGCUCCAAAGUUCGCGGUUUUGUUGGAUGCACAGAGUGUCGCCAGUGGUUGUGGCAGUGCAUCCUCAGUGCAUUCCAUCAUUGGGCUGAUCUGGGAGCAGGAGACUUCGGACACUGCAUCCUUUGCUGCACUUGCUGGCCGCGAGGCCCCUGCAUCUGAAGCGGAUUCGGUUGAAUUUGCUGCGGUAGACAGGACUGAUCCGGAGCCGGAAGCUUUUCUUUCAGAGCCCCCAAGUUCUAGGCUUGUGAGACCUGCUAGACCUUUGGAGUUUCCUCGUAGCAGUUCUUUUCAGUUUUCUAUUGUGGAGUUUUCUAGGGAUUUUGAGGUGCGAAUUUUGUCUAGCCGGGAACCUGACCAGCUGGCUUACUUAGUGCCUAGUUUCCUGGACUUUUAUCUACAAGAUCCUGCCAUUCAAUCUCUCGAUCCUGACUGGUGUCCUGCCGCGCGUGUGGGCAGAGCACUUCGUGCUGGCAUUUCUGCGCGCCGGGUCUUAACUGGUCAAUUCCAUCGCCAAGCUCAAGCUCCUACCCUGCCAGGCGUUGACAACCAGGUGUACGUUUGCUUGCGGUGCAUUCGGAGUGAGACUGGGUGGUGGACCACCUCCUACGAUUUGUAUUGGGGUUUCAUCGCUGAUCCUGAGACUGACGAAGAGCGGUUUCAGGGAGCUCCAAUCACGCACAGACCUUUGAGCUUCGACGAGGUCCAGCGGCUGGGUGCGAGUUCUACACAUUCCAAAGUGUUGCCAACUCUGUGCCUAGUUUCACACGCUGGUGACCCUCCGGAGGAGGUGAGGAUUCUUGGUUAUUUGGUGCGAUGCAGAACAAAUGGAUUCAUGGUCAUCCUUCCUGGUCUGACUACGGUGCAAUCUGUGCUGGACGCCUUGGUUGGCGAAUUAGGGUCAGAACAGCUGGUGUACAAGCUGGAAGAGGCGAACCUCGAAGACUCUCGGGGUCGCAGGUUUGGAAAAGGCUCAGUAUAUCUGGUAGAUUUUUCUGCAGAAUGUGCUUUGUUUUUCAGCCGAGCUCCAGCUCUCAGAGGCGCGGCUGCCGUGAGCAUUCACUGUUUGAAAGUAGGAGAAUCGGUUGCUCGUCCUGCUGCAAAGGCGGCUUGGCAGAUGUCAGAGGCAUGGAUAGCCGAGUUGGGUGGCGAGGACGAAGCGAUCCAAGAGUACUUUACUGCAGAUUCAGAUCUUCCUGGAGCCGCGUCCGAGGAACACAGUCCUUCUCAUACUUACGGACCUGGAACCCCGGACGAGGCCGUCGGGCGGCUGGAGGCUCAAGUUCGAGAUCUUCAAGAUCAGUUGGCCCGCUCUAUGCAGAGCCAGCAACCUGUGCCUCCAAGAGCCAAAGCCGAGCCGCACCGUGGAGUGGCGCCUCCUGCAACCCUUUUCGAUGUGCCGAAGUCCAGCCUGGACGCCAGCACUUUGCUUCAUCUCAAGCAGCUAGCAGGGCCAGCACCUGGCAAACUGACUCGGCUGGAGGAGGAGCACAAGCAGGUUCCCGAAGAUGCUCGAGCUACAGAAGCUCAAGACCAGUUUGCAGAGCUGCAGGCCGGCGUCCUCGAGGACGACGAGUUGGCUGCAGUGAUUGCCCAGAGCCGGGAUCCGCUCCAUCAGAUCUUGGCCUUGCAAUUGAAGCAGACAGCAGCCUUGACCCAAAGAUUGUCGUCUCAGGUACCUCGAGACCAAAUCACUGCCGCCUUGGGCAACGAGCCCGGAAGCUCCAGCAGCAACGGCGUCAGAGGUUGCGUAGCCAGAGACGCAUACCUGCGAACCAUGGAGGACAUUGUGACGACGGGCAAAGCUAUUGCCAACAAUGCUGCUGCGGACAUGGGCCUGAGCUCCAAUCAGGUGGGAUCGGGCCUAUUGAGGCAAUACAUGGAACGCAGAAUAGCUUUGGGAGACCAGAGGAUGCUGUCCUACAUAGGGCAGUUCAUGGCAUGCUCUUGGCAAGUGGGCUUCGAGCAGGGCAACGACCUCGCAAUGGGCCUGGCCGCCCGGGGCAUGAUGAUGGUAGAGCAGAUGAGCCUGGACUCGGGGCGUUGCCAAUUUGCAUGGCUUCUCAGUGCAUUCCCGGAGCCCGACCUCCAGCAGAUCAGUCAGAACAAGAAAAGGUUGUCCAUCAAGCCCUACGCCAGACUGGCGUCUGCGCCGUGGAUUGCGGGCAAUCUGGCCUUCUUGAAAGACUUGGAUUACCUGGAGAGCCGUCUUCGGGGAAACAAGGGCAACGACAAGGCCGACGACAGAGAGUCCAAAGACGAUGCAAGCACCAAAAAGCCGGGAGGCAAAGGCAAGAAGAAGGGCAAGGAGAAGAAGGAAGAGCUGACACUAGCUCUGAUCCGUGUCCCUGUCCCCCGCCCCGCUGGAGAUGGACGGGCCCACUCCGUUUGUCGCCUCGACGUAGGUCAGCCAUACACGGACGUGCAGUGGGACAUGCUGUGCAGGCUGGAGCGUCUGAUCACUCACUUUCUGCAAGCCGGCGAUGUGUCCGCCGCUACACUGGGCCGCAGCGGAGAAAAAUUCAGCACCCUCAUGCGUGCUGCUAAGGAACUGCCUGACUGCCAGGAUGUGGGUCGGGUGCAUUGCUCGAGAACUGAACUUUUGAAGUUAGCUGAGAAGUGGGAUACCAAAGGAGCUUGCAAAAUUUUUCGUGUCGAUGAAGUCCAAGAGGACGAAGCAGUAGGGAUCUUCACUGUCCCUAAGGACGAACAUUUUGAUCGUUUGAUUUUGAACCCUCAACGGGUGAACGCCAGAUUGCAGUCAUACUCGCAUUUCACUAAGAGUCUUGCACCAGGAUCUUUGUUUUCUUUGAUUCGGCUCGAACAGGACCAGGUCCUGCGGCUGAGUGCGGAUGAUUUAGCGGAAAUGUAUUAUACCGUCAAGAUCCCAGAAGCACGUGCAAAGCGCAAUUGCAUAGGCAUAAAGUUUAAAGCACAUGAACUUUCCCAUUUGUCUUGUUUCAACCCAGAUCGGCAUUUCGGUUUUUGCUUUGUAGCUCUCAAUGCGCUCGCCAUGGGCGACUCUUGGGCAGUUGAGUUUGCUCAGCAGGCUCACCAUAACGUCCUGCGUUUUGUGGCUGGAUGCAUGCUCGACCACGAGCGAGUGGCCUAUCGAAAGUCCUUUCCCAGAUCCUCGUUCAUGGAGUGGUUGUCGAUUGACGACCACAUAGGGGCCCAAGUUUUGUCCCGUAGCGAGUAUCAGAGCAAUGUCAGGCUCAGAGAUACCGAAGUGUUUGACAGGGCUGGAGAGGCCUACACUGAAGUAGGCCUGGAGCAUCUCGAUGAUGAUCUUCCAGACACAUCCGAUUCGGUCCGUGAUAGCAGCAUCCGGGUGCCCGCGCCAGUUCAUGAGGGCAUCUUGUACGAUUGCCUGGAGUUGUUUCGUGGCGAGGGGAAUUGGUCCCGAGCUCAUGCCGCUGAGGGAUUUCGAGUGCAUGAAGGUUUCAAUAUCAAUGAUCCGUUGACUCGUGAGCAGACGAGGUUGGCUCUGCGGACGGCAUUCCUGAUGUUUAUAGUGGUGCAGACUGGUCUGUUUUUCAGUGUUGAGCAGCCAGGUCACUUUGUAAUUGAGGGAUCCUUCACUCGUGAUACCAUCCGGCAAUUUGAUCGCCUGUGUUCGCCUUCAGCCGAGAAGCUGUACGGCCGUCAACCCAUCCCAGGCGAAUCUGUUUCAUCCUUCUCUGCAUCCUAUCCUAGGACUUUGUGCAGACGCAUGGCAGUCAGUGCUAAGCAAGCCUUGAAUGACUCCAUUGGGAUCAUCCCUUUUCCAGAGGUAGUUCGCAGCUGCAAGCGCGUAGAUGAACCUUUGCACAUUCCCAGCUCCGUGCUUUCCGAGAGCGGGUCGGCCCCACGACCUUUCCAUGAGGACCCGGAAUGGGUUGAAGAACUGGCUGACAGUUUGCAUUUCCGAGAGAGCGAUGGCCCUUCCAGAAACAGACCUGUCCCUGAGCCCAGCAAGGACGAGCCUGCCUGGCUUCCCGCCUUGCGGCAAGGCAAUUAUGACCAGUUUGAUUUGCACCUCAUGGCCAGCCAAUUCCCGCGCUGUGCGGGUCGGUGGUUGCGGCUGCUGCUGCUUUUGUGCGGCGACAUCGAACGAAAUCCAGGUCCAUGGCAACAGGCCUCCAAAGUCAAGGCUCCCCGAGGAGCUCUCGACAUGUCUGUCGGGUUUGCACCAGCGACCUCUAAGCGGAUGAGCUCUUGUCUUGCCUUUUUUGAGACCUGGUUGCGAUCCACGUUGCAUGUCAGCUUGGAGCAGAUAGGUUGGGACACUCUGGCAGCGCCCUUGGCUGCUCGUGCAUAUGGCAUGCAUCUUUAUAGCCAAGGCGAACCUCGAUACCUCUAUGUCUAUACGUUGACUGGGCUGCAGGAUGUGUUUCCGCAUCUGAGAGCUUUUAUGGCGCCUGCAUGGAUCAUCGACAGGAAAUGGCAGAUUGCGGAGCCCGGCGAAUGCCGGCCGGUGAUCUCGGCCCCAGUGAUGCGAGCCGUGACGAGCCUGUGUUUGUUGUGGCAGUGGUUUCGUUUCCUAGGAGUAACUCUGAUUGGGUUUUUGGGAAUGUUGCACCCAAGUGAGUUUCUGGGACUGAAAAGACGGGAUCUUGUUUUACCCCAAGAUUCAUUGCACCAUGAGCCAGUUUUCUACGUCCACAUCUCAAAUCCGAAGACCAGCCGUUUUGCUCGUCGUCAGCACUGCAAGAUCGAUGACCCCUUGGUGCUUCAGUAUGUCACCAAGGUCUUUGGCCACCUGCAUCAGUUUGAAGCUUUGUUUGCAGGUGGAGCUUCUGCCUAUCGUCGAAGGUGGGAUGCGGUCUUUAGCCACUUGGGUGUUCCCAGCAGCCAGCGGACUCGAGGCGCUACACCCGCCACCUUGCGGGGCAGUGGAGCUACCCAUAUGUAUCUUUCUUGUGAAGAUCUCCCUCGUGUCCAAUGGAGGGGGAGGUGGAGCCAGUUGAAGACAGUCGGGCACUACGUGCAGGAGGUGGCCGCGCAGACAUUAGUUGCGUUUGCCUGGGCCCUGUCCAAUGGCCAAGCUGGGCCAGAAAAGCAAGGUGAUUGCACCUACAACACGCAGUAUGCGGGGGAGAUCAAGAUUGACAAGUUGGUUGGCAUCAGUGACUAUCAGAACUUUGUGGCCUCUGGUGGUAGAGAAUAUGAUCCUCUGACGGAUCAGGGAGUUCACCUGAACUUCUGGGAUGGCAGGUUCGACAGCGUGUUGAAUGAAUGGCGCACGCGGAAGCUGAUGCAGUUGUUCGACGACACCUAUCCCUCCGAGCGAACGAUCGAUGCCCCGGAGUGCGACUUCAACAAAUGGAAGUUCUAUCAAGGAACUCCCCAUCACCCCUGA